UUGAAGUUCAAUACCGGAAAUGUGAUGUUUUGUUGAAGCCAGAUUGUCGUUAAUGCCAAUGGUCGAUUUGCCGGGGUACGGAGCGGAUGGAGUGCACGGGCGUCGUUUUUACGGAAGAACGUGAAAGUUCCUAAAAAAUGAGUUCGCAGCAGUUUCCACGUCCAGGACUCUUAUCUGGCCUAGGACAAGGACCAGCACUAGCACUUGGCAAUAACACUACAGGACUUAUAGGAAGUCAAAAAAACACAGGACGGGAAGACUCUAAUAAUGCUCCACGUGAAGUGGUGUCCAGUGGACCUGCUAUGAUUUUCAGAGAUGAUAAGCAGGAGACAGUGGUGGUGCGACCAUACCCCCAACCCCUGACUCAGCCCCCACCUCAUGGAGCUCCUCCCACCCUGCCACCUCCUCUCCCUCAACACCCUGUUCAUCCAGGGAUGCCUGUCUCUGUUUCAGCAGCAGCAGCAUCCCACCUCCCUCAGGGUCUUUCCUUAGCCUUCACAGAGGGCCCUCUAAAGUCUGCCCUGAAGACGCCCAUUUCAAGCCGUGUAAUAGCUCCAGCACCCGUGUCAACACAAGGUCACCUCACUCUCCCUUCUAAGGUGCCUGGUCAUGUCACAGCUACUAUGGAGACCACACAGGGCCCUGGUAUACCUGUGGCAACCAUCAGUGGUCAGCAGGGUCACACUGGUAACCUGCAUCAUCUGAUGACCAACGUGCAGAUCAUCCGCAGUGGAGCUCCUGCACUGCAGAUUGGUUCCUCUGCUGCUCCUCUGCAUUCAUUUACCUCCCAUUUACCUAGAGGAGCUGCUGCAGCAGCUGUGAUGUCAAGCUCCAAAGGAACCACAGUGCUGAGACCAGCAGUUGGUCCAAGCUCCGCUGCAGGGCAACCUACAGUCCAGCACAUUAUCCACCAACCAAUUCAGUCUCGGCCCAUAGUCACUACCUCUACAGCAGUGCUGCCUACAGUAGUGGCUCCAGUGUCUGCCACAAGACCUCAGUCUCCGGUUAUCACCACAGUGGCUGCCCACUCUGGAGACAUGGCACAUGGACGCUCGCCGUUGACAAUCCACCCACCCCCAGCAGCUUUGAGUAUUCAGCGCCCUCCGCCCUCAUGGGACACGCCCACACGCAUCACCCUGCCCUCCCACUCUGCUAUUGCUGCUCAGAAAGCUCUUCACUCUGUUGCACAGAAACCUAUUUUUAGCACUGUGACGCCUGUUGUUGCUGCAACAGUGGCUCCCAUUCAGGCAACUAACACUGCACCAUCACCCGCAACAACAGGUUCUGCCCCCCACAGCCAAAUAUCCAGUAGCAACAUUGUCACGAUGGCUGUUGCCUCCCACUCUUCUCAUGCCUCAGCAGUGACCACAUCCACCAUCCCUGUGGCUAAGGUAGUUCCACAGCCCAUCACACACACUUCACCACGUAUCCCAUCUGAAUAUGCUGGAGAGAGGGGCAACCUCAUCCCUAUCUCAAGUCAUCGCUCCUCCCCCAACCCCAUCACCAUGGAGAACCGCACUGACAACAGACAGUCUGUUCCAGUGCAGUUCCAGUACUUUCUGCCCACCUACCCAUCAGGACCAUACCCGAUGACCCACACUUAUACCCCUAUAACCAGCUCUGUGUCAUCCAUACGGCCUUAUCCAGUAACUGCUCAGGCCCCCAGUGCAGCCAUGCCUGCCCAGACCGGCGUGGGAGUUGCACCAGUUCAUUUGAACUCUAUGCAGCUGAUGACCGUGGACCGUAUUACCCAGAUCAACACCCAGAAUAUUCAGCCGGCAACCAUGGCAGCACAAGGCAUCCAACCCAUGCCCAUCCCUGCCCAGGGUCUGCAUACGUCUGCUCAGAUCACCACCCCGAACAUUCAGCCCACACCAGUCAACCAACAGCCCCAAACAGAAUCCAAAGCUUCAGUUGUUCUGGCCGAUGGUUCCACACUAGUUGCUAACUCUAUUAGCAAUGCGUUCACCAACAGUCAGCCUGCCACCACUGUAACCCAAACACACAAUCAUAGUGCAAACUCCGGAAACCCUUCUAUGGUGACUUCACCUCGACCUAGCAUUUUGCGCAAGAAACCUGCUAAUGAUGGUGCUGCCAUUAGGAAGAACCUGAUCCCAGUUCCGCUCGGUGACUCCACAACUCCCAGAAUGGAUGGUGCCAUCAGGAGUGCAUCAGGAUCACCUCGUCCUACAGGCGUGAAGCACAAACCUGACAUCCACUUGAGCCUCACUCCAUCAGUGACUGGGUCAAUAGAGGCUAUUCCCCCCCAGGGAAACGAACAGCAACCACAGCACGUGGGGCCACCACCCUCUCUGCUUCCCUCACAACCUGUAUCCGCCCUUCUGACCUCAGCCACGCCCCCUUCUCAACCAAGUCCUGCCUUCUCAGCCAUACCUGCUGCCAUGGCAGUAACUUCGCCACUCCCCUCCAUGGCUAAUGUAGUGGCCCCGCCCACUCAGUCAGCAGCCAGUACCACAUUGGCAUGUGCCAUUAGCUCCACCCUCCCAGAAAUUAAUAUUAAACAAGAGGUGGAGCCUAUGGAUACUACAAAACCAGUGGCAUCAGGGCCCAACAGUGGCGCACAGAUGUUGGCAGUACCAGCUGCAGACAUGACUCCAGGAGCUUCACCCAGGAAGAAGCCCAGAAAACAGCAGCACAUCAUCUCCACCGAGGAGAGCGAGAUGAUGGAGGCCAAUAGCACAGAUGAGGAAAAGCUCCCACCCAAACCCCACAGUCAUCGUGCGGAGAAACGCAAAUCCCCUCCUAAAGAAUACAUUGAUGAAGAGGGAGUGCGGUAUGUUCCUACUCGAGUUCGUCCUCCCAUCACUUUGCUCCAACAGUACCGCAACCCAUGGAAAGCAGCAUACCAUCACUUCCAGAGACACAGCGACAUCCGUGUCAAGGAGGACAAGAAGGACAGCCUGCAGGAAGUGGCCAAUCAGAAAGGAGUGGUGUGCAGAGCCCAGGGCUGGAAAAUUCACCUCUGUGCCGCUCAGCUCAUGCAACUGACUAAUCUGGAGCAUGAUGUCUACAGUCGUCUAACAAGUCUCCAGGAAGGCCUCAUCCCGAAGAAGAAGGCUGGAGCUGAUGAUGAUCUUCACCGUAUAAAUGAGCUCAUACAGGGCAACAUGCAGCGCUGCAAGCUUGUGAUGGAUCAGAUCUCGGAAGCACGUGAUGCCAUGUUAAAGGUGCUGGAUCACAAGGAGCACGUCAUGAAGCUGCUAAAUAAAAACAGCAGCACCAAGAAGCUCAGUAAGCUGAAGCGUAAAGACCGAGCAUGAUCGUGAUCACAGGACCGCGUCAGUGACACAGUGCCCUGCUUUACUGCUGUGAUUCCAACAGAGGAGAUCGGGUCUUUUAUCUGGCAAACUCUUCCUCUCCAGGCACACAGAUGCUUUAGGGAACAACUAUAAAUCUGACAACUGGAACUUGAACAGUUUAUUUUAGGGAAGUUUAAGAUUUUGUUUUAAAGUGAAUAUACAUAUUUCUCAGUUAAAAAAGAACAGCCACAGAUAUCAGUAAAAGGAAUGCUGUCUUACCGUCGUAUAGAUUAUAUUCAUCACGUUUUCAUUUGGGUGCCUUGAAUGAUAUGAGGGUAUUGGCAGUUGCUUGCACCGUAUUAAACGCUGAAGAACAGUAUUUCAUAACGGGCAUUUAUCACUCCAGAAGGUCACAGUUUGCAUCGUAAGUGCUCAUAAAGCCAUAAUGAUGACAUCCACACUGUCCUAGUAAACACAGACUGAGCCUGAGAAAGUAUUUUAUCACGCAUGCGUUGUGGAAAAAGUGAAGGUGCUUUGGUAAAAUGGGAGUAUCGUGCCUUUCAGCAUGCCUCACAAAUAUGGGUUUAAUAUGGUAUAGAUUGUGAAAACUGUUGAGAGGAGUUCAUUCUCUGCUAUGACCUGUAGAUCUGUGAGGAUCAUGUAGAUCCAGCUCUGGAGGGAUUUCACUCAUGCAUAAAGGGCGGUGAGAGUUUUCAGAUCGAAUUCAGAAAAUUGAGAAGAUAAGUUAGUCACAGGUCUAAUUCUGUCAUCAUUUAUUCACACUCUUCUCAUUUCAAACAUGUAUGACUUGCAGAACACAAAAGAAGAUAUUUUGAAGAAAGUUGGUUACAGAACAGCGCCGGCACCCAUGGACACAAAACCAGUGCAAGUGAAUGGGUGCCAGUUUUCUUUUGUGUUCUGCGGAAGGAAGAAAGUCAUACAGGUUUGAAUUGACAAGAGGGCGAGUCAAUGAUGACAGCAUUUUCCUUUUUGGGUGAACUAUUGCAUCAAAACAAAAGUAUAUAAAAGUAUUUUUGUUGUUUUCUUCUUAAAAGAAUGUCAUGAUUUUUUUUCCAGUUAAGUUGCUUGAAGCAGUGUCAUUUGUGGCCAACAUUGUAUACUGAACGAUCAGAAUUUCUUUUGAAUUACAUUUCAUGUUGCACUCCGCUGCAUCAAGUAAAGACACUUUGUUCAUCUAUUUGUGUGGUUUUUUUUA